ACACCUAGUACAUACUUUGGCUGCUGUCAUCGUCUCACGUCUGUUAAUAAACAAUAACAAAACAGGAUUCUCAUGAAAAUCUUCAAUAUUUACAAUAUUACGUGAUGGCAUUUAAUUUUUACUUCGCUAUUGUUGGACAUGCUGAUAAUCCAUUGUUUGAAAUUGAAUUCGCAAAUGCCGGUAAAGAUAGAAAGAAAGAAGAUAAUGCACACCUAAGUCAGUUUGUUGCUCAUGCUGCUCUAGAUUUAGUGGAUGAACAUAUAUGGAAAACGUCGAAUAUGCAUUUAAAAGUAGUCGAUAAAUUUAAUCAGUGGUUUGUAAGUGCGUUUGUGACAGCAACUAGAAUACGUUUUAUUAUGGUCCACGAUGGGAAAAAUGAAGAUGGAAUUAAGAACUUCUUUAACGAAAUGUAUGAAACUUAUAUUAAGUAUUCUAUGAACCCCUUUUACAAGAUAAAUACUCCAAUCAAGUCCGUAGGUUUUGAAAAAAAGGCUCAAUUGUAUGGAAGAAAAUAUUUAACUACAUAACUGCGCGAUUACACGAAAAGAGGUGGAUAAUUUUAUUUAUUGUCUUCUAUUAAUUCUUUAUUUUGUAUAUUAAUAAAUUUUAUUUAGUUAAA